AUAUUCGUGAUGCUCCAAGUAUGUUUCCAGAAGGUUCAUCUGAUAUUAAAUCAUGUUAUUCAUAUAUCUUGCGGAUUUUUGCUGGAUUGUUUCACUGGUCUGGUUUUGAAAGCAAAGUGAACACUGAUUCCCUGAGAGAUGCUUUGAAGUUACUUGUAGUCAGAGACAACAAACAAGCAGCAGAAAAUAAUAGAGUCCAAGGACUGUUGGUUGAUGCUGCUACUUAUAUCACAAGCUAUGUGGAACGUACUCUAGUACUUUCUGCUGCCUGCAGCCUUGUAAAGCUCUUGACAGCUUUCUGUCACCUAGUUGAUGGCUCUGUUGAUGAAUCCAUGCAUAAACAGAUUGAAAAUGCAUGCAAAACAUUUUUGGGACAGAGAUGGUAUAAUUUUAAGGGUUCUGAAGAAAAGGGAGCUGAAUUCAAUCAUCAUGUGGACACUCUUGUGAAAUCAUAUUUUAGCAAUAUGAUUAAUAAAUUGGAAACUGUGUCGGAUCUUGUAGCUGUUGUAUACCAAGAAGUUGAAACUUGUGUUAAACUUGGAACUAAAGAUUGGAGUUUAGAUACUUUUCCUACAGUAACAAAGAGCAACUUUACUUUGCUGUAUCGAGCAUUGUGUUUAGCACUUGUGCAAGGACUUGAAGAUACACUUGAAGGAUGUGCAAAUGAUGGAGCUCGUUUCAAAGCCUGGGAAAGUGCUAUAGAAUCUUUAAGAGGCUUGAUGAUGAUAGCUCGUAGCCAGAACACUCGAUCUAACUUGGUGGCCUUUGUAAAGAAUGCAUUGCGCCUCUUAAGGACAUUUUUGAAGAGAGGAUUGCCGAUGUUUAUUCAGCACUUUCGUUCCCGGACAAACCAAGUAACUUCUGUAUUGAGUACUUUGCAAAAGUCAACUCGUUUCCUUAAUUCGAUUUGUUAUCAUUCUAAGUCUACAAAGGAUGCUACUCUCACUAGUCUGGUCCCAGCUUUACGAUUUGUUCUUGAGCAAAUUGUUGUGUCUGUCCGUACAAUGCUUGCCAAAAAUGAUUGCCGUGAUGCAUUUUGGAUAGGUAUUUUGAAAAAUAGAAACCUGAAAGGAGAGGAAGUUCUUUCUCAGGAAAGUGAACCAGCAGCUGAAGAGGAACAGGAAGAACAAGAGCUACCUUCAGAUGAUGAUUCUGAUGUAGAUGUUGAUUUGGCUAAUGCUGCUGAAAAUGAAGAUGAUCAAAAUGAUGCUACUUCUUCUAUUAGUGAAGUUUUUUGAACAUUAAAAGUAUUGUUAAACCUUUAUUUCAGUUGAUUACUCAAAAUUUUUCCCAGGAGGAUUAAUCAGUGAGACUAAUUUAAUAAAGUUUAUUUACCAUUGCUGAAUUCAUAGAUUUAAUUU